AUGGCGGACAUCGACGCGUCGAUCCUGCUGGAGUGGGUCAACUCGCUCGACUGGGUCGUGGACGACGGCGCCUCCGGCGUGGAGGAGCUCGGCGACGGGCGGCUUCUCUUGCGCGUCAUGCACGAUGCGUCCCCAGACAUCUUCCCGAGCUUGGAAGGCUGCGCCACGCCUCUGCACGACCUCCUCAGCGGGCUGCUGGACCACUUCCGCGCCCGCCACGGCGGCCGGGGAGAGGCCUGCGCGCGGCGGCUGCUGGAGGGCAGCGAGGCCCGCGGGGGGCAGGCGCGCGCGGGGCCCGCCGCGAGCGCCGCGCUGCUGCUGCAGCUCGUCGUGGUUGCCACGCUGGAGACCCAGUUGGCCGGCGGAGCAGCAGCGGUACGAGAGGGCGUUCGAGACUUUGGGAGAGGGUUGCCAGGACGCGAUCGCGAGCGUCGUGAAGCAUUUCACCCAGGA